AUGGCAAAGGCCUACUCAUUCUGGGUCUUUGACCGGCACUGCAACGCCAUCUACCAUCAAGACUGGUCGCACAUCCAUGCGGCGGCCUACACAUCAGCAAACGGGCCACUAAGUCCAUCAGCCACUUCGACAUCCGGCUUUGCGUCGAUAGGAGCGUCGAUCCAACGUGCGACGAGCGGGGCGGCGAAUGGGCCCGCGAACGAGACGCCGUUGGCGCCGCAAAGACCGGGCCAGCCGUCCCUACCGAACGUCACGCGGCUGUCAUCCUCAUCAGCGGCGGCUCAGAAUGGAGCGAGCACCCGGCCAGCAGGGCAGGCUACAAUCGACACGACGCCCUCGGAUCUGCUGCCCUUUGACGAAGAAGCCAAGCUCGUAUACGGUGUUGUGUUUUCGCUACGCAACAUGGUCCGCAAGCUCGGUGGCGAGGCCGAGACGUUCAAUAGCUUCACCACGUCCACGUACACCCUGUCGCACCUGCACACGCCGAGCAUGUACACGUUUGUGCUCGUCACCGACCCCGUUGCGCCGCCAUCGUCGAUACCGAAUCGAGCAAGCGAGGGGUACUCGAUCGGCAAUGCAUCCGCUGCGUUGUCGGGGAGGGCGGCGUUCGGGACUGGCGGCGGCAUCCCCGGCACCGGCGGCAUGAGUCUCAAAGGCGUCCUGCUGCAGAUCUAUCGCGGGCCUUGGGUGGAUUGCGUUGUGAGGAACCCCCUGCUUAGGGCGCUAGAGAGGGAAGAGAGGGUGGUGCAGCCCAACGAGGAUGCCGAGAAGACGACAUUCGAUGUGGUCAGGGAUGGAAGGCUGGAGAGAUCACACGGCAUCGACACAGACGCUUUUCGGGAGAGCUUGGAGAAAGUCCUGUCGCAAAACAAGCUCUCCGCUCCGGUAUCAUGA